AGCAGCAUGUUCGCCGCGUGAGCCGGGAGUUACCGGCAGUGGCCGAUCAGCGCUGUUGGGCGCAUUAGGCGGUCAGUGCAAGCUACGGUGCGGAUCGAUCCCCCGCCAUUCCCUCCACGUGCUGCUGCUCCUGCUCGUGCCCGCCUGCUGACGCGACAGUCGCCAGAGUGCCUCAAGUGCUUGCAGGAAUAAGCCCCGCGCCUCGCGACCGACUUAGUGCUACUCUUGAUUUAAAUGGCUCGCUCGUCCUGGUAUGAGAUGGACCUCGGAUUCUCUCGCUCGUCGCGCCACCGAUGGCGAUGUCGCAACCCCGACUGCUUUGGAUCGUCGCCAUCGCCAUCGCUCUCGUCGCAGGCGUCGCCGCUGCUGUCGCUAACCCCACUGGCGAAGCCGAGCCCUCCGACGCGCCACUGCCGGGACGGUCGGCGCUGGAGAAGGCGGCGGGCGCGCGGAUCAGCAAAGCGCUGCCCGGCUUCGGCGGAAGCGGCUGGUUUCCCCGCCCGCGCGGUGGCGGAAAGGGCGGUAACGGCGGCAUUGGCGGACGCAUCAGGGCGACGUGGGGGGUGCCUCUGCGCCUGCGCGCGGCGUGGGGGAGCGCAAAGUUCCGCGCGAAGGCGCGAGAUGCGCUCACUCGGUUGACGGGCGCGCGGGGGGCGGCGGUGACGGCGCAGGGGCGCGCGGAGAAGCUGGUGGCGGCGUGGGCGGGGCGGGGGGGGGAGGAGGGAUGGCGGAAGGGCAAAGACGUUUGGACGCAAGUUGCUCGCGACUGCGUGAAUCAGCUGUCACUCGCCAAGGCCAGCAUGGACGAAGCCGCCGCCAUCAUCAACACGGGUGAGGGUGACGUGGCAGACGCGCGCAUCAGCCUAUCGAGUGCUGCCACGUUGGCCAGCGACUGCCGAGACUCGUUCCGCCUCUUUGCUCCCGAUGGGGCCACCACUGACCCCGCCAGAGCCGUGCAGCAAGCAGCGGGGCAGCUGAGGGCGGCGCUGAUGGCACUGCAGCAGCAGGCGGCCGACAUGGCGGCCAUGGUCGCAUCGUCAUCGCAGUCCACCCCGCCGCCCGCCGCCUCUCCCUUCUCUGCACCACCACCUGCUGCCGGCCCUGUAGGCGAUGCUGGUGAUGGCGCUGCUGCUGCCGAUGCCAGUGAUGGUACUGGUGCUGCCGAUGGUGCACUGUGGCCAGCGGGCGGUGGCAACAGCAGUGCCAGUGAGAGCGGGGGUGACUCGCUCACAGGAGUCGCUUCGGCGUUUGUUGCACGCUUUGAGUCCACCGCGUCGGUGUCAAGCGUCGCCAUGAAAGCCCCUCCUCCACCCAUCAAACGAAGGGCCCCUCCUCCAGUCGGCACGUCAAACGCCUCCCUGGCAAAUGUCAACUCAUCGGGCUCUGCUCCGCCCACACCUCCUCCUCCCCCAUCCCCCCCCCCUUCCUCGCUGCUCCCUCCACCACCGACCCCCCCCUCCUCGCCUCCUCCAUCCCCCCCUCCUUCCCCUCCUCCCUCGCCCCCUCCCUUCCCCCCUCCAUCCCCCCCUCCGUUUCCUCCAUCGCCCUUCCCCGCCCCCCCGUCCUCGCCCUGCCCAUCCUCGCCUUCCCCCACUUCGUCUCCUCCUCCCUCGCCUCUGCUUCCCCUUGUGCCCUCCCCGCCGCCCUGCACCCCGCCCCCACCUGCGAUCCCCUCGUGCUGCACCUGCACCUGCUCCUGCCCUCCCUUCCUUCCCCCCCCCCCCCCUCUCCCCUUAUUGCCGUCCCCUCCCCCGCCUUCCCCUCCCCCUUCUUUUCCCCCUCAGUCUCCUCCUCCUCCGUCCAUGGAUUCGCCUCCACCCUCUCCCCCUCUCUCCCCUCCUCCUUCCCCCCUUCCCCUCCACUCUCCCCUCCUCCCCCCCCUCCCCUCCUUCCCCUCCCUCUCCUCCUCCGUCUCCUCCGUCUCCUCCCUCCCCUUCCCCCCCAUCCCCCUCUCCUCCCCCACGUCCCCCCUCGCCUCCUUCUCCUCCCCCCUCUCCCCCUUUCCCUUCCCCUUCGCCUCCUCCUCGCCCCCCUUCCCCUCCCCCUCGUCCCCCCUCCCCUCCGCCACGCCUCCCCUCUCCUCCAUCCCCUCCCCCUUCCCCUCCCCCAAGGCCCCCUUCCCCUCCUCGUCCUCCCUCCCCACCAUCCCCUCCUCCCUCCCCUCCCCCUCGGCCGCCCUCCCCUCCUCCGCGCCCUCCCUCCCCUCCUCCCCCUCCCCCUUCUCCUCCCCUCGUCCCCCCUCGCCUCCUUCUCCUCCGCCCUCCCCUCCCCCCCCUGCGCCGUCUCCCCCCGCCUUGGCGUACCCGGUGCCCCUGCGCUACGCGCUGCCGCCGCCCAGCGCCAUAGUGGCCAAAGAUGGCUCGGGCAGCUUCACCACCAUCCAGGCGGCGGUGGAUGCAGCGCCCUCCACGCCCAAGGGGCGGUUCAUAGUGUUCUUGGCGCCCGGCGUGUACGCGGAGACGGUGCGUGUGGCGCGCAGGAAUGUGACGCUGGUGGGGGUGGCGCCCGAGAGCACGGUCAUCACGGGCAGCGCCAGCGUGAUGGGCGGCUCCACCACCUUCAACAGCGCCACCGUCGCCGUAUCGGGGGCGGGUUUCCUGGCCGUGGGCGUGCGCUUUGAGAACACGGCGGGGGCGGAGAACCACCAGGCGGUGGCGUUGAGGGUGACGGCGGACAACUGCGCGUUCUUCGACUGCCACUUCAUCGGCUGGCAGGACACGCUGUACGCGCACAGCGGGCGGCAGUACUACCGCAACUGCGUGGUGAGCGGGUCCAUCGACUUUGUGUUCGGCAACGCCGCCGCGGUGCUGGACAACUGCACGCUGCAGAUCCGCCCCCAGCCCAAUGCCGUGGUGACAGCGUCGGGGCGGGCCAACGCGUCGGAGCCGACGGGCAUUGUGAUCGUGAACUCGCGCGUGGAGGGUGACCUGCCGCAGGCGCAGUACCUGGGCCGCCCAUGGCGGCCGUUCGCCCGCGUGCUCUACAGCAACACCUUCAUUGGCUCCGCUAUCAACUCAAACGGUUGGAUGGACUGGGGAGGUACAGUCUAUGACACAACUACUUAUGUUGAGUACAACAACUCCGGACCGGGAGCAACUGGUUCGCGCGUGGCUUGGGCAAAGCCCGGGAUUGUAACCAAUGCAUCAUUAGUGGCUCAAUAUUCCCCAGACGUGUUCCUCUACCCAUUUGCUCCAAUCCUCGGGCUCAUUCCCUGGAUUUGAUAGCAAUCCGUGGGGGGCACGAUUGACAAGAGCAGUUGUGCUCCACAAGGAUGUCGAUUUUUGGUUUAUUUAGAACGCAUUGGGGGUGUUGAGAUAUUUAUGACAGAAUCAGUCCCUGUAUUUCUAUGGAAAAGAUGGUUGUACCAUAUUCGUUAUUUACUCGGGGUGC